AUGGCUCUCAAGCGUAUCCAAAAGGAGCUCUUGGACCUGGCUCGUGACCCUCCAGCCCAGUGCUCCGCAGGCCCUGUGGGGGAAGACCCAUUUCAUUGGCAAGCAACCAUAAUGGGGCCUGAUGAAAGCCCUUACCAUGGAGGGGUCUUUUUCCUGGCCAUCCAUUUCCCAUCGGAUUACCCAUUCAGACCACCCAAGAUCACAUUCAUCACACGAAUUUACCAUCCGAAUAUCAACCGGAAGGGAACCAUCUGUCUUGACAUCCUGAGAUCUGAGUGGUCACCAGCACUGACAAUUUCUAAAGUUCUCCUGUCUAUCUGCUCCCUCUUAUGUGACCCGAACCCGGAUGAUCCAUUGGUACCUGAAAUUGCAAAGGUCUACCGCAAGAACAAGAAAAAGUAUGAUAGACUGGCUAGAGAGUGGACUGAGAAAUUCGCUAUGUGA